ACUGUGACUGUGACUUUGCUGUUGGCCGGUGCGGCGCGUUUCAGUAAGAAAAAAGGGUUAGGUGUAAAAUAUUUCAGUUGUGAAUCUGACAAAUUUUUAUAAAAAAAACAAACAAAAAAUCAUUUAUAUUUUUUGCGUCAAGUGUUAAGCAAAAAGUUUGAUUGCUUUAAAAAUAUAUAAAAUAAAAAGUGAAUUGAAAUUGAAGAAAUAAAUAAUAAAAUACAUACAUACAUACAUUAAUUCCAUAUAUGUGCGUGUAAAGAAAAAAUUCUGGAUUUCACUGCAAUUCUUUAAGAAGCGUGUGAAGUGUGUGGGGGUUUGCUAAAAGUAUUUUAAAUAUUAAUUAUUUAUUACUUUUGUUUUCGUGGUAUUGCUAUCGGCUUUGUGGUUAAUUUUGUACGCCUUUUAUAAAAUAAAAAACUAUUCAAAACUCAUUUUCCACGUUCUUCGAAAGGAAUAUCAAAACAAAGCCAAAGUAGGAUGUCGAAGAAGGAAGCCACACCGUUUGUCAUCGACUUCAAAUCGAGUGGUCCAUCCAGGUAUGGCGCAGCGGAUGCAGCUUGUAAUGUGCCAACCAGUAGCCGCAACACAGCCACCGAUGCAAACCCUAGCAACAACAACAAUAAUGCAAGUAGAAUAGAACUAUCAGCACCAUCGACUAUGUACGUCUUGCAUGGACGUCGUAAUAUCGAAUUACGAGAUCACUGCCAUCGCCAACGAACGGAAGGCGUAGAUAUAAGAGCUCGGAAGAAACUAAUUAUUGCCAGCGUACUUUGUCUGGUCUUCAUGGUUUGUGAAAUUAUUGGUGGCAUUCUAUCGAACAGUUUGGCGAUUGCAACAGAUGCUGCUCACUUGCUAACAGAUUUCGCCAGUUUUAUGAUAUCAUUGUUUGCCAUCUGGAUAGCUGGACGACCAUCAACACAGCGCAUGUCCUUUGGCUGGUAUCGCGCAGAAGUUAUUGGUGCCAUGGCCUCUGUUAUAAUGAUUUGGGUCAUUACCGCAAUACUUGUCUGGUUGGCCGUGCAACGUUUGAUUAAUCGCGAUUUUGAAGUGGACGCUAAGAUUAUGUUGAUUACAUCUGGUUUGGCGAUUUUGGUUAAUUUGGUCAUGGGCCUACAAUUGCAACACGGUCACUCACAUGGCGGCAUGUCCGGUGCGCAUGGACACAGUCAUGGCGGCAAAUCGAAGAAGAUGAGUAACAAAAUUACUAAUCUCCAAGUGGCGAAUGAUAGUGGCAACGGUAACUUGGCGUUCACCACCGCCAUUGAGAAACCCGUCGCCGACGAUACAAUAAAGUACGUUCCCGGACCGACCUGUUCACCAACAGGGCACUGUGCUUUGCCCCCCACACAACGUCCGCUGGAAGAUGGCGCUGGCGAGUUGGAGUUGGAUGCCAACGAUGCGGUGUUGCCCGCCUCGGGCUUGGCUACGUUCUCUUAUCAAAACUCUACGUCGGUGAAGGAAGUGCAUGCGGAGAUUGCUGCGGUUAUGGCGGAGACGGCACCUGCUGGUCACCAUCAUGGUGGAGCGGCGGCGCGUGAUGCAGAGAAUUUGAAUGUGCGUGCCGCUUUCAUACAUGUUGUUGGUGAUAUGAUACAGAGUGCAGGCGUCUUUGUGGCUGCAUUGGUUAUCUUCUUUCGGCCGGACUGGGCAAUUAUCGAUCCUAUUUGUACGUUCUUUUUUUCGAUCAUUGUGCUCUUUACGACGUUCUCCAUCAUGAAGGAUGCGCUGCUGGUCCUAAUGGAGGGUACACCCAGUUACAUGCAUUACGCCGAGGUGCUCGAAGUCUUCCAGCAUAUUGAGGGUGUGAGACGUGUGCAUAAUUUGCGUAUUUGGGCGUUGAGCAUUAAUAAAGUCGCCCUCUCCGUACACUUGGCAAUCGCUCCCGGAGCGAACGCCAAACGUAUAUUGGAAGAGGCCAGCACUGCCGUUCAUCGUCGCUACAAUUUCUUCGAGACUACCAUACAAAUCGAGGAGUUCACACCUCAAAUGGAGAAUUGCCAGCAGUGUUGCGUACCGAACCUCUAAAUUUGCAGGCGCACUGAUGUCUUGACUGGCAGGCAGACUGAAGACGGAGAGGAGAGAAUGCAACCAGCAACAUCAAAUUGGUGUUUAGCCACUGCAGCGUUGAAAAUUAAGAAAAAAAAACCUGAUUACACCAAUAACUUUUGCAAUGCCAUUUAACGUUUAUAUUCUAUGUAAUCUGUAGGUAUAGAGAGGAAGAAAAAAGUUUAUUUUGUAGUUAAUCGCACACAAGGAUUUAUUGCGUGCAACCAUUUUUUGUGUAGUUUUCUUUAUAAUUUCACAUUUUCAUAUAAUACGUACUUGAAAUAUGUAAAGGAUUUGAUACAAAUUUGUAUUUGUUUCUUUCAUUUUAUAUGCGAAAUAUAUUUGAAGAUCUUAUGAAAUACUUUGAAA